CUGUUCCAUUUCAAUCGACUAUUUUUUCAGUACUCUCAAUCGGCGGUGAAUUGCAACAACAAAAUUUCCGACGCAGCUUGCCUUGUCAUCUACACGGAAGCUGUCAAAGCGGAAGGCGUAAACGAUCGAAAUGAAAAAUGUGCAGGAGCUCCAGUAAAUCCUGCUCUGGUUCAAGCUGCAAUAGAUAUUUGUCCCAAGACGUGCGGAUACUGUUGCCUGACACCCGCUUUCAUGUGUGAAAACAAAUUGCAGCCGCGAGUCCCAUGCUCAUCAGUAACACAGGAUAUGUGUGAAAAUCCGGUAUGGAGAACUAUUCUUGAGGAGGAUUGCCCCAAAACAUGCGGUUUCUGUAAUUCAGGUUUCUGUGUCGAUGAAGCACCCGGCUGCGGCUUGGACAACGCAUUCAUUUGCCAGAGUAAAAAUCUGGAGACUUUUGCAAAGAAAUACUGCAAGAAGACGUGUGGAUACUGCAACGACGCAACAACCACAUCACCAGGUCAACCAUUCAAUCAAGUG